UUUUAGUGAAAAUGUCUGAAGAAUUUGUUAACCAACGAACUCUGCCAAAAUCAAAAAAAUGGUGGAAGAAUGUUCAAACUGAAAGGCCUUUAAAAAGCAAUACAAAACCAAAAUCUGAUUGGAAUUCAAAAAUGAAAAAGAAAAAUAUGGAAAAGCAAGUUCGAGCUUUGCAAGAAGAAAUUCGUCAAAAAUUAGUUGAUGAAAAGAAGGAAAUUAUCCAGACAAAAAAGGAAAGAGAAGAACGCCGAAAACAAAAUUUAUUAAAAUCAGAAAUUGUACAAGUAAUUAAAAAUCCUGCACGGUUAAAACGGAUGAAAAAGAAACAGCUUAGAAUGAUCCAAAAACGAGAUAUUACAAAAGAGUAA